AUGGCGGCUGGUGACUGGUGGAGUGUGUGGUGUGGUGAGGCGUGGUGUGUUGGUAUAUUGGAUGUGGUCGAUGGCGCGAUGACAAAAAACUCACUGAGGCCGCCGAUUACCUUCCCCUACCGAUAUCUCUAUUCCUCCCACUCCGUCGGCGCUCUCCUACAGAUGCCUGAGCAACUGCGCAAUUGCGAUGAUUCACGCGCCUGCGUGGCUAUGUCCAAGUCCCCAGGCACCACGCUAACAUCCAGGCAACCACUCAACCAGCGCUCACCCGAAACAUUCUGGUGA